AACCGGAGUGCAAGAAUAUGGAUAUAUAUCCCGGUACCUACCAAGCUGCCAACUGUGACGGGUGGAUAAGGAAUAUUUGCCUAUGCAUUGCGAAGAAUUCUGGUCUGCUGACAUCUGCUUUCACGUUUGACACUGAUGUUUUCAACUCGCAAGUGUUGAAGGGCAAAUGUAACGGCAAUUCACUAUACCAAACAGCUUACAACAGGUGCUAUGCUGAGGCGAUGCAACGUUUCAACUUCAUGCGGCUCGUUGCGUGCCUCCGGUACGCUGUGCUGCAGAUCCCCGCAUAGCCAUCAGAAGGCGCGACUCACGACGCUCCUGCUCCUUCGGGAUCAGUAGAUUUCACGGGAAGAUUAUUGGAUAAGACAAUUGGAUAUUUUCUAAACUGGUUCAAAAAAGAAUCAAGUAUACUUGUUCAAUCUAAUAAACUGUUUCAAACCGGUUUAUUUGGUUGUCUUGUUUCGAUUCAUUAUGUUGAAAUUUUGUUUACUUAAUAAAGCAGAUUCGUUG